AUGAAGAAUCCUGCAAGGGUCCAAAGGGCUCGACCAGCCGACGACAACCGGGACAAGGCCGUCCACAAUCUGUGGAAAGGAUGCUCAACUAGAAAAGAUGAGAAGCAAGCCAAGAUAGCAGAGACCCGGUGUCAUCCUGCGAAGGACAGUGGAUAUACCCGUGCAGGGAAGGGAGAUCCGAUAUGCGUGUUCUUCGCCCAGGGGAGGUGCGACAAAGGUCCGAAUUGUGAUUACUGGCACAGGAUCCCCAACAAGGAGGAUGAGGACAUGUUGGGAGCCGCUAUGGACGUGUUUGGGAGGGACAGGUUCGCAAGUUCAAGGGAGGACAUGGGGGGCGUUGGGUCGUUUUCAAGGGAGAAUAGAACGCUCUACGUUGGACGUGUCAACACGAACAGAGAGGAUGCGGAGAAAAUCGUCCACGCCCAAUUCUCAGAGUUUGGUCAGAUCGAGAGCGUGAGAGUCCUGGCAGGGCGGAAUUGCGCUUUUGUCAAGUACAGGCUGAGAGCAGCGGCGGAGUUCGCGAAGGAAGCCAUGGCGUUUCAAUCCAUAUUCCCUGGAGAUCCAGCAUGCAACUUACGAUGGGCCACAGAGGAUCCGAACCCAGGAGCAAGACGAGCGGAGAUGGACCGUGUCCAGAGACAGGCUGCGGAGCAUCUCAUGGUCCAGUCAGCGAGCUCAAACUUCAAGUACUUAGAGUGUUGGCAGGACAAGGGCGUCUGCCUUUCCGACGCGCCCUACAACUACCCGAGCAACUACAAUCUCCCUAUCAAGCGUCCUUACGGUGCUCUGAGUAGCGUCGGUGCAUCCAAGAACACUUGUAUCGACGAGUAUCCAGACACGAAUCAGCAGUUUGCUCAGGGAAACAGCAGCGUUGGAGGUGAAGGCGAAUGGAUUACAUACAUCACUCCGGACGGAAUCCCUUACUAUCACAACUCAGUCACCCAGCAAACAAGCUGGCAGGUUAUUAUGGUCGGUUAUUUGAUCUGUCAGAACUGA